AUGGAAGGUGCCAAGCCCUGCAGCACCCCUCUCAGUACCACCAAGCUGGAUCACUCGUAUCCCCUGCUUGAAAAUGCUUCUGAAUAUCGAUCUCUAGUUGGAGCUCUUCAGUACUUAACCGGGACUAGACCUGAUCUUAGUUUUGCUGUUAAUUUGGUAUGUCAGUUUAUGCAUAGUCCAAGACUUUCAUAUCUACAAGCAGUAAAACGUAUUCUCAGAUAUCUUAAGGGUUCUCUUGACCUUGGAUUAUGGUUCUCCAAGUCAUCUCAGGCUCCAUCUCUUCAAGCUUUUUCAGAUGCCGAUUGGGCAGGGUGUUCUUUGGACAGAAGAUCCACAGGUGGAUAUUGUGUAUAUUUUGGCAACUCUCUCAUUAGUUGGAGUGCCAAGAAGCAACCUACUGUUGCUCGUUCCUCAACUGAAGCUGAAUAUCGAUCUCUUGCCAAUACAGUUGCAGAAAUCACAUGGAUAUGUAAAUUGCUGGCUGACAUUUCUUAUUCUCUACCUCAUUUUCUCAAGAUCUGGUGUGACAAUCUCUCUGCCAUUUCCUUAGCAAAAUCCCAUUUUUCAUGCUAG